UACCAACGAAUUUAAAUCAGAAGAAUUGAAAUAGCUGCGUUUUAUGAAAUGGAAUAAUGUAAUGUUAACGGCAUUGGAGUUACAAUAGGCAACAAAAAAUUAUUUUACAAAGAAAUAUUUAUUGUCAAAUUACGAUCUAAAUGAGCCAAGUUUCAAUCAAAACUCAGCUCAUUUAGCCCCAAAUCAACAAAAAUUAUCAAACCUUAAAUUGCACCAAACAAAUAUGUUUCGUCACGUACUCUGGUCCAGGCCACUGGUAAAGUUUGAUAUUACCGGUAUCCACCCACGAACUUUAAACUUCACCACUUCCCAGUGCUUAAACAAGGAUGAUCGAAAGGAUGAUCAAAAGGACGAUCUAAAGGCCAAUUAUAUGUCGGAUCCCAAUCACCCGAUGACUCGAAUUAUCAAUGCUUUCAAAUAUGACAUGGCAGUAUUUCGACACAAAUUUACAGCAUCGAAAGAGGGACUAGAGAGCGACAAUCUUGACGGAGAUGUUCCGCUGAACUUUCCUGUGGAAUGCGACGUGAUUGUAAUCGGAGGUGGAAUGAUAGGUAGUUGUAUCGGAUAUUGGCUAAAACAAACCGCGUUAGGGGGACUGCGUGUAAUUGUUGUGGAAAAAGAUCCUACGUACCGAAAUUCCUCUUCAGUUCUUUCGGGGGGUUGUCUGAGGCAGCAAUUUUCUCUGGAGGAAAACAUUGAGAUGUCCCUUUUUGGUGCUGAAUUUAUCCGAAAAACGAAUGUAGCACUUAAAGUGGAUGGGGCAGAACCCUUGGAUAUGAAUUAUCAUCCUUAUGGGCACUUAUGCCUUGCUUCAGAAGAUCAGGCAGAGGCUAUGGAGAAUAAUUGUGCGCUGCAGAACUCUUUGGGUGCACAGAACUUGAUUUAUUCGUUGGAGAAGCUACGGGAAAAAUUUCCGUGGAUAAAUUUAGACGGUGUUGCUCUUGGCUGUUACGGACUUCAAAACUCUGGAUGGUUCGAUUCAGCCACGUUUUUGUAUGCACUUAAACGCAAGGCUUUGAAUUUGGGAACAGAAUUCGUUACUGCUGAGGCACUAGGAUUUGAGUUCAACUACAACAGCUCUAUUUCUAUGUCCGGAAUUCCUGAAGGGGAAUACUUUGGCAUCGAUAAGCUCGUGGUUAGAACGCAGUCUGGCAAAACCAGAAGCAUUAAAUUUGCCAUUGCUGUGGUUGCGACUGGUGUUGCUAGUGGUAGUUUUCUUAAAAACGCGAGGAUUGGUGAAGGCCCUGGAAUUCUGAGCGUCCCUAUGCAAAUAGAACCUAGGAAACGGUACGAGUACUAUUUUCACUGUCCAGAAGGGCCAGGGCUGAAUACUCCAAUGACCAUUGAUCCUUCUGGAGUUUAUUUCAGAAGGGUAGGAUUAGCUGGUCAUUACGUGGUCGGCCGAUCACCGGCAUUCAAAGAACAAACUGACAAUGACUUGGAAAGUGAGCAAGAAUUUUUUAGGAAUCAUAUUCGACCUAUCUUGAAACGUAGAGUUGCAAGAUUUGAAAACUUGGAGUUGAAGCAUUCAUGGUCCCAUGCUUAUGAUUACAACAACUUUGAUAAUACUGGAAUACUUGGUAUGCAUCCAUACUACCAUAAUCUCUACAUAGCGACUGGAUUCACUGGUUAUGGAGCACAACAUGCUCCAGCUGUUGCUCAAGCCAUCACAGAUCUCAUCAUAGAUGCAAGAUUUACGAAACUCAAUUUAGCUAGAUUAAGCUUUGAUAGACUUAUAACCCUCGAACCAAUCAUGGAAGAAAUGUGUUUCUGAAACGAUACGAUCCCAAAGAAAGUAGUUAAAAUUCAAUCCAUCAUGUAAAUAAACUGAUUGUCCAGUGAA